AUGGCUUACUCUCCCCAGCUCUCUGUGCUUCUCUGGAGUGUCUCCUUCAGCACAGCCCAGUGGUGCUACCAGGGCCAGUACUCCUGCAAUGAAACCUGCAGAGCUCCUAGCGACUGGCACACCCUGUUCCCCAGCUGUGGGCGGGCCAGGCAGUCCCCCAUUAACAUCGUCACCAGCCGGGCCCAGUACGACCCCGCCCUGACCCCCCUCCACUUCCAGGGUUACCAUGACGCCCAUGACGUCAUCGUGGAGAACAUGGGCCACUCGGCACACUUCACCCUGCCCCCCACCCUCAGGCUGUCGGGGGGCCAGCUGCCCGGCCGGUACAAGGCCCUGCAGUUCCACCUGCACUGGGGCACCGACGCCGGCCCAGGGUCCGAGCACACGCUGGACGGAGAGAGAUUCCCCAUGGAGCUCCAUAUAGUGCACAUUAAAGAGAGUUACAGCACGCUGGAGGAAGCAGAAACCGACACAUCGGGCAUCGCUCUGCUCGCCUUCUUCUUCCAGGAAUCUGCGGAGGAUAACCUCCACUUUAACGUGGUCGCUGACGCACUGGGGAGAGUGCGCUACACUGGGAACAGCUCGGCGGUCAGAGCGGUGCAUCUGGGGGACAUCAUGCCGCCGGACGGCGAGCUUGGCGGAUAUUACCGCUACAUGGGCUCCAUGACCACGCCCGGCUGCCAGGAGGCGGUGGUGUGGACCCUGUUCCACACAACCAUCCCCGUGAGCCGCCGCCAGCUGGUGAAGGUGAGCGGCGAGCUGGAGUUCUGGACGGGGAAGCCGAUGGCGGACAUCUUCCGGCCCGUUCAGCGGCUGAACGGGCGCUCUGUGUUCCGGUCCGCGGCGGGUCCGGUUCCGCCCAGCCCGGCCGCCGCGUGGCUGUGUGCGCUAGCGAUGUCGGGCCUGCACUGGAACGCACACUGA